AUGUUGGACAGAAAUUCAGUUUCUCAUCAUUAUGCUCACCUUCCUCCAACACCUCAAUUACCUGCCACUUCAUCGAUAUCAAAUAAUGGAAAUGGGUUCACCCGAAAGCCUUCUAAAUAUUUAAAUAAUAUACCUCCCCCAAAUAAUUUGAUUGUAGCUUUUCAACCUUCAACAUCGAACGGAUCAAUUCAAAAUAAUAUAAAUCCUCAUCAUCAACAAUAUAAUCAUUCUCAUCAACCUUCAACACAUUAUAAUUUAUCUCCUCCAGGUACUUCCGUAGGCUCAGGAAUACCUACCUUAUUACAACCUAUACAAACGACUAAUGGGAAAAAUCUUUUAGUGAAAAGAAGUAGUGCCAAUCAGUUACUUCCAAGUUUACAAACUGAAAAAUCGAACGGUAAUAUAUUGAGGUCGAUAUCACCAACUCCUCAAACUAAAAACUUUGUUUCCAGUAAUACAACACAAGUACACAAUAAUAUAACUUCAAAUAAGAGUUUCAAUGAUACAAGAGGAAGAGCAGAAACAAGUUUAGGGUUUUAUGAGGAAAAGAAACCAAAAUCGAAGGAAAAGGAAGGGUCUGAAGAUAAAGAAAGACUCUAUACCAAGUAUAUAGAAAAAUUGAGUCAAGAGCUUGAUAAAAAGAAGCGAAAAAUUAAAGAGCUGACAUUGGAAAUCAAAAAGUUGAACCAAAUGCAUAUAUCAAAUGAUAUUGAUCAAAAACUCAUUCGAUUUAGAAGUGGGAUGAAUAUGAAUGGUGAAGGAGGUCACACUUACUUUGAGGAUACUGAAUCCUCAUCAUCAGACGAAGAGGAAAUUGAGGAAAUGUUCCCAGAGCAAGAUGAUAAAGAAGACAGCUUAAAGGGAAACAAAUUAAGCCCAUUUUCAACACCAAAGUCAAAGAAGGAUUCACCUAUAAUCGAUUCCAUAAACGCAAGCAGAGAUAGAGAGGUCAAGGAGCUGGAAGCUCAAAUUAAAAGUUGGAAGGACACAGCUGACAAAUUGAAAGAUGAAUUGACUUCCACUCGGUCCGAAUUUGUUCAAUACAAGAUUAGUGCAGAGAAUGAAGCAUCAAAAUUACUAAAAGAAAUACAGAGAGCUAAUAGUUCACAAAACUUUGAAGAAGAAACGAAGGUAAUAUUUUAUAAGAACUUAGCUUCCCAUUACGAGUCAGAGAAUAAGAAGAAUUUAGUAAUGAAUGAAAAGUUACAAACCGAACUGAGGAAUGAAAAGAGUUCAGGAAAUGAAUUGGAAGACUUGGUUGUAAAGCAACAAAAGAAUUUUUCAGAUUAUCAGGAUAAAACAUCAAGAGAGCUAUCUGAAUGCAGAAAAGAACUUGAUAGACUGCGAAGAAUAUUGAAAAUGAGUAAGAACAGUGAUGAUUCUUUCAUUGAGGAUGACGAAAUGUCUGCAACCUUUCAAAAAUAA